UAUUGUUAAAAAAACAAGACCAUUUACUGAUUUACCAUUUGAUAUUCAACUUCAAAAGUUAAAUGGAUUGGAUAUGGGUCGCAUUUUACACAGUGAUCAUGCUUGUGCUGAUAUUGCUAGCCAUAUAGAAAUAGAAAUGAAAGCAAAAGUUACAAAUUGUAUUGUCAAAAAUAAUUUUAAAAUUGCAGUAUUACUUUAUGAAGCUACCUCAGUGUCGAAAAAGACUUGUCUGGUUGUUUGUAUAAGAGCUUCCACAGAUGUCAAAAAUGAAACUGAUCCAAUAACAUUUUAUUUAGAUUUAUUAGAAUUAGAAAAUACAAAAUCUGAGACUAUAGUUGUGCAACUUUUGUCAUGUCUAAACAAACACAAAUUUUCUCAUGAAUACUUAAUACAAUAUUUUAUUUGCUUAGCUUGUGACGGAGCUUCUAAUAUGAUUGGAAGAAAAGCUGGUGUGGGAAAACUUUUAACUGACAAAUAUCCAGAUUUAUUGGUCUGGCAUUGCUCUAAUCAUAGACUUGAACUUGCUGUUGAUGAUGUAGUUAACGACGUAGCUGGCAUAAAUCAUUUCAAAAUAUUUUUUGAUACUCUUUAUGCAUUAUAUAGUUCAUCACCAAAAAUCCAGUAUGGUUUAAAGAGCUGUGCCAAAGAAUUAGAUUUACAAUUUCUAUCAAUUUGUCGCAUUUUAAAUACAAGAUGGGUAGCUUCAAGUCUUCCAUAUGAUACUCUAACAGAACUAUCAGACCUUUCAUUAGAACUUCAAAAACGGUGUACAAAGCUACCUGAUGCUCAUAACUUAAUUAGAAGACAAAUUCUGAUUUUUGAAUCCAUGUCUGAGAAGUGUAAUGAUGGUUUUUAUAAAGAAGCUGAGAAUUCUGAAUCUUAG